CUUUUUCACCACUCGAAAAAGCAUCAAAAUCGUUACCGUCUACAUCGACACAAGGCGCUGUGUGACGAUCUUCGAUCCGCACACCUUGUGCAGGGGCUCUUGCGAUUGCAAGAUUGACUUGAACGACGGGGGCACCCUCACAGAAUGGAACGAUCACGACGAUUUAACAUCUCCUUCUGUCUUCCCCUACGCACUCGCAUCCGUUUGCAAGCAAUGGUACGACCUCAUGCUCCUCGUCCCUGAGUUUUGGACGCGCCUCGUUGUAUUUGUGGAUUCCCAGCCUACCUCUACCACAGAUUUGCGUGCCCAGCUUUCUGCUUCGCGCGACCGCACGAAGAGGCUGGCGCUGUGCAAAAUAUCCCACUUGUCUUCCAUCGACGUCCCUGAUCUCACCUUUUUCAACUUUCUCUCUGUUCUGGGAAGGUUCAAAAGCAGCAUGAUCAGCCUCGAAUUGAACCAUGUCGACCUCCCUACCCUUCCAGAUGAGGAUUUACCUAACGAUUGGGAUUUCCGAUUCGACUUCAGUAGCCUCCACCUCGAGGGUCUGAAAAAGGAAACAUUUCAAGAAUUCGGCCACUUCACAAGCACUUCGCCGUACUUGGAGUCACAAACGAUCCGAGCCUGUGAGCUCACAGAUUACGGCAUUGGCCAUUCAUACUACCUCGACGUGCAAGAUAUCAACAACACCGAAGAGUUACUGUCUGUCGUCCCCACACUCUCUGGCCGCUGCGUCAGUUUCGUAUCCUGCGGAGGCCUCAACGACGCUGUUUUGGAGCGUCUUUCAGUGCCAGACCCUGACACGGGCGAGUGGGGCCUUGAAAAUUUGAAAGAUCUCAGUAUUUUGAAUAGUCCCGAGAUUUCUGUUCAGGGGCUGAAGCGCUUGGUAAAGAGCCGAAUUGUUGAAGCGUCAGCGCGUGGAUACGGAAAGGAUCCAGACUACGACGUCUUUGACCAAAUGGCGCCUAUAGCCUCCCUGUACAUCUCCCGCUGCGUUGAUUUCUCCGCGGUAGACGUUCGAUGGUUCAAGUCGAAAGUCUUUAACAUGUAA